CUGGUAUAUAAAUUUAUAAUUUUCACACUACUGUUUUCUCACGGUUAACACCGGACAAAAUGUCAACAAAGUGGAAGGUGGUUGAACUUCAAACAGAAACAGUCAAGGAUCAUUGAGUCAGAAGUGAAAUGGCCAAAGUGUUGAACCAUACCAGCCACGUACGGGCUUUAUACAAAGCUUUGUUGAAAUUACAUAGGGGUUUGCCUUUUAAUAUGCAAGCAAUGGGCGACCAGUAUGUGAAAGAUGAAUUUCGGAGGCACAAGAAAUGUACAGCAAAAGAGGCAGAAACAUUUAUGGAUGAAUGGACAAAGUAUUACCUGACACUGGCGAAGCAGCUUGCAGCCAGGAAAAAGACACAGGUGAUCGGAAGUAACCUAUCUCCAGAAUUUUUAGACAAUUUUAAUGAUGAACAAGUUGCACAGUUAGUUGAACUACAUAAAACAGCAACUGAUAGAGAAGGAAUUACCUCUGAAACCGAAUCUUCAUGACCAGUGUUUAUUGUAGGAUAAUAGUUUGUAGAUCUAGUUUUUAAUGUAAGAUAGUUUUUUAUUGUUAUAUGUUUGUGAUAACUGAUAUGUUUUCACCAGCUAAAUCAGUGUCAAGGUUUUAUUCUAGGAAAAGGAAACAAAAAGUUUCAGGUCUUACAAGACUUACAUAUGAAACAUGUUUUAUUAUGUGCUUUAAAGAACUGAAUGUUAGGGUAAUGUCAUUGUGUAUUUUCCAUACAUACAUGUAUUAUACAUGUUUGGGUCAUGCUUUAUAAAAAUAAAAUGUUCACAGUAUA